GGGCAGAUGAGGAGGGGGCACAGAGAAGGCCAUGAGGACUGACGCCCAGCCUGGAGUGCAUGCACUAGGAGCCUGGGGCUGAAGCCCGGGUGCUGCCCGCCCCAGUCCCCUGCGGAGGCCUCCUCACCGCCCAGCCACGCCCGACUUUCUCCGGCAAAGUCAGGGUCACCGCCCAUCCUCCCUUUGCGCCGCAUCCCUGGAGCGGCACCUGGGCCCGGGUUCCAACCGAGGCCUGCAACGGCUUUGCCCAUGAAGAUGAACUGGACGGCUGCGACAUGCUGGGCUUUGCUGCUGACUGUGGCCUUCCUCUGUGACAGCAGCAUAGCCAAGGGCGGGCGUGGAGGGGCCCGGGGCAGCGCCCGUGGAGGGCUGCGCGGUGGUGCACGUGGGGCCUCAAGGGUGCGGGUGAGGCCAGCACCUCGCUACACUGCUGCAGGCUCGUCCCUGCGCGUGGCAGCUGCAGGGGCAGCUGCGGGAGCAGCAGCAGGAGCGGCCACAGGGCUGGUGGCAGGCUCCGGCUGGAGAAGGGCCACAGGGCCAGGCAGACGAGGCCCGGAGGACGAGGAGGACAGGCUGUCCGACGGCAACGGGACCAGCAGGGGCGUCUACAGCUACUGGACCUGGACUUCGGGAGCUGGUCCCUUACCGGACACACCCCUCUGUCUGCUGAUAGGCAGUGCCCUUGGCACCCUGGAGCUGCAGUGGCCCUAGGCCUGGCUUGGCUAGGGGUCAGAUCCAGCCCCUAGCCUGCACCAUCCCUGCAGGCCCCUCAGGUCGACCCCAAAGGCUGCUAGCCCUAAACACCCCUUCUCUCUGCUGCCCCUGCCCGUGAGCCUUAAGGCUACCUGGGUAAUUCCCGAGGGGCAGGAGCUGCAGCCUCUCCCACCUGUGGACACACUGUCCACCCUCCUGCCCAAGCUCCUCUGAACUUCUCCAUCUCCCACCCCACCAGGGGGCCAAGGUCCCCACACCCAGAGACCGGUGGCCUGCACCUCUGCACUGUGCAGGUUGCCCUCUACUCAACAGCAGCACCCACAGCGAGAUACCAAGACCACGUAUUCAGGCCUCGCACGCCCACUGCCUGCACUAGAUACUGUGGUGUGCUGACCAUCAGGCAGAGGCCAACCUCAGAUGGGUCUGAUUCUGUCACUGACAACUCAUAGCCAAGGACCUCCCACAGAAGCAGCUGGAAUGGACCAAAGGAUCUCAGGAUGUGGAGAAAAGGACAGAAUAUUCUCAGGCUUCGGUGUGGGAAAUGUCAGGUGCUAACCACCUGCCCAGCGCAGGUCCUGAGAAUUUUACAGCCCAAGAAUGUUCCAAGCAGGAGAGUCAGCCAUCCCAGGAAUGCCUAAUAUGGUUCUCAUGGCUUCCGGGACAUGUCUUGUGAAGCCAAGGCAUCCUCCUCUUCCUGGCAGUUUCCCCAAGACACCCUCAAUUUUUAGGGCUGGAGGGGGCACAUUCACAAGCAUUCCAUUCCUUUCAAAUUUAGGUGCACAUUUGAGGAGAGCAACUGCCAAUUGCCACUGGAGGGCCCCCUGCGCACAGGCCAAGCUACAAGGUUCCCACCUUUUGGGUAGGCAGCAGCAUCUCCCAGUGGUCAGAUGUCACCUUGGAAACAGCUGGUAAGGGUGUGGUGCUAGUGGAAGCUGAUGUUCUGCUCAACAAACUGAGGCAACAGUUCAUCAGACCCAUGGCCACCUGUGGUCCUGGGUUGGGGGUUGGGGUAGCCCCCACUAGGUACAGCCAGGUGUCACAGCAAGCCUGGACUCCCUCCAAGACUACAUAGGGCAGUCUGGCCACUCAAGGAUAUCUUGAGCUGACACCCAGAAUAGCCACAAGACACUAGGAAGUCCUAAAAAUGACUCACCUUUAGCUCCCACACACCUCAUGCGUAGACUUGCCCCUUGUUUCUCCAGGGCUCACCAUUUGUGAACCCAGCUCAAGGGCUGCUGGUUCUGCCAAGUUUUCUAGCUCUAAUGAUACAACCAACUACCCAGGCUAGAAUUUUUCCAGGUCUUGGUGCCGCUCAAUGCUCUUUUGAGACUCACCUGCAGCUGUGCUGCCCUCGGACCCAUCCUCGGGCCCUGGACCAAGGAUUCAUAUGGAUUCAACAGGGGCACAACGCUGAGACCUGUACUUACCCGCUGCCACAUGGCCAUGGGUUAGCCUGGUUAUGGUGCAGGCUUCAAGGCCACUGGGAAAAACCCUGGGUCAAGCUUUUAGGUUGGGGAGAGCAGUAAAUCAUAAGACAUGGCUCCCUGCAGCCUCGUCUGCACUGCCGUUGCUCUCAGGGCACAACCAGCCUGAUGCUCUUUUGUCCUGUCCAGACCAAGUUCACCAUGCCAUGGUCUAGCUGGCCUGUCAGCCUCAAAGGUAGAUGAGAAACAUUUUCCAUUGAGUCUCACAGGCCUAUCAGAGCCCACUGGUUUCUCAGAUACUCACCAGGAUGGACUACACUGGACCAGACCCUCACAUAUCACAGAACACCGUGAGCAUCAUCAUGUUCCAGACACGAUGGAAACCACCCUCUGUGAUGUGUAUCUUGCACACGAACCUGACGUCCUGAGUGCGUGUAGCAUUUUGCACAGCCACAAAUCUUUAACAGCUCCCUUGGUCAUGAGGGUCAGCAGGAAGCAGAGUGCUGCGAGGGUGAUCUCAGGGCAGGUCAAUCAUGCAUGGAAGCUUUAUCAGAAGGCACCAGUGGAAGGCCAGCUCCUCACAGCAAGAAGGCCGGCCAAGCACUGUAGCCUUGGUAAGCACUCAGGCAGCUAUGAGAAGGCCAGGCCACCACUGGACAGAUGAGGCUGGGGGUACUGACCAGGUCCAACCUCACCCAACCCAGCAGCACCUCUUGUCUGCUCCAAUCUAACCCUCUCUUCCUUCUAGAAGGCAGCUGCAACAGCAACACUUUUGGAACUUGCAGGAGUUGAUGAUGACCAUGCUAGGACAGGCCCUUGGCACCUCCUCAGGGCUCCACUGAAGCAGAGUGCCACUGUCCUAUUGGCCAGGAGGCACUUCCCACACUGCAACCUUCUGGCUUAUAGAUGACCGAGUUGUGAUCCAGCAGCCUGCCAAGAAUCGAGGACCCUGGAGCACUGAGGGGAUGGGCAGUCCCUGGGUUCCACUACUCCCAACCUCUUGUCCAUGUUUGUAUGCACAUUUGAUAGUGAAGUGAUUGUGAAAUAAACCCUGUAUUGGCA